CAUCUAUCAUCCGUAUAUGUAGAUACAUUCUUAUAUGUACAUAUAUGUAUGUACCUAGAAAAGAUAUCGAGCAAUUCCAAAUUCAUUUACAGUUGCAGCAAUUUCCGUUACGCGGAUCAAGUGUACACGAACGAUCCGUUGAGGCACUAUAAAAAGAAAUUGCACCCCGAAAGUGAUAUAAUUACAUCGAGAAAUUCGUUUUGCUUUGGAUGGGGAAAAUGAAAAUAUGAACCAGUUAUAAAUAGACGACAUGAGCCAGAGCUAACCCAAAGAUAGAACGAGAAAGUAGCACACUGGACAUGGAUAUGGACUCGGCGCAGGCAGCCGCAGCAUCUGUCGAGGCCAGGCAGCACCAGCGCCACCGUCGCCGCUUAGGACGCAGCCAGCGCGAGCAGACACCCAUUACACAGCACCAGCGGGUGGGGGUGGGGGAGGAUGAUGGUCCUGGUCCUGAUCCUGAUCCCUCACCGCAGAUGGUGCGCAUGCAGAUACGUCCGCCGGGCACUCUGUCCGCACACGAGAGCAAGAUCCUGCGUCGGAGGGACAAGACAUUUGCCAGUGCCGCGAGCAGAAGCCAAUCGCAGCCCCGCGAGGCAGAAAAGCUGAGCAGUCCGGACGCCGUGCAGCUUAUCAAGCAUCGCAGCCUGUCCUCGCCCCGCCACAAGGAGGAGUCCAGCGAGAGCGAGCUGACCACGGGCAGCUCCUACACCCCCAUAGCAAUCCCGCAGCCGAGCCCCGCCAGUGGUGGCCACAACGACACGCUCAGCCGACUUGAGCAGAACUUGCAACGGUUCGAGGACGAGCGCAGGCGCUUCGAGGCCGAGAAAAGGCUCUUCGAGCGAGAGAAGCGGGAGCACAAGCAGCGCCAUCGCCAGCAGCUGGACAACGAGGAACGGAAGAGACUGCUCCAAAACUACCGCAAGCUCAGCGAUCGCAUCCAGCUGCCACAGGACGACGAAGAGCGUCGCCGGCUCAUCCACAGUCUGCGCCUGCAGCGGCACGAGACGCCAAAGGUACGCAGUCGGAACCGAAGCAGCGGCUAUGAGGAAUCCUCCACGCAGUUCAGCUCUUCCGAAGCGGAUGCGGUAGAGGAGAUACCCACGCGAAGGCCCAUAAAGCCGCCACAGAGCUACGUGGCUGCCCCCAUUCGAGGAGCUCCACCUCCGCCACCGUCAGCCCUCCCAAAACCGGAGGAUCGUCGUACCGUCAGUCGAAACAACUCCCUGUCGCCGGUGCGACCUCAACGGCGCUCCAAGACCCCCGAGCAGCGGGCGGAGAUCAGUCGCAAGCACGAAUAUGUCGAAGUGGGGGAAUCCCAGACAGACUCCUACAGGGCGCGACCCUCGGAGGCGGAACAGCAGUCGGAGCUGAUGCAGAAGUACAUGGAGGCGGCGGAGAGAGCGGCCAAGGCGGAGGCAGCCUUGGCCCAGACCCUGGCGGGGGAGGGAGUGCGAAGGAGUGCCAGCCUGCGUCUGGCCGAGCUCGAGCCGGGACGCAAGGUGGAGGGCAAACGCAGCUCCAGCCUUGAGAGGCCACUGAGAUCCAAGCGAUCCGCCAGCCUGGAAAGGGGCAAGGAAGCGGAACAAAUCGAUGUCCCAACCAAAUCGGAUGAGCCCCCAGCAGAACCUGAACCAGAAUUGUCCACAACCGAAGACACCAUUUCGAAAGUGGAACCCAAAGCGACGUUCCUGCAACGCCUGCGCAAUCUGUUCAAGCGAAAGCAGAAGGUGGACAAAGUGGAAAGCAUUGUCGUGAAAGAUUUGGCUACAGAACCGCUGCCCGACAAUAUCAUUUCCCGUCCAUUUGUGUCCCACUUCUGGCUGGAGGCACGGCACGAGUGGCGACGCCUCAAGAUGGACUACCCGCGGCGCAUGGAGGAGCUGCGAUGCCUGCGAAACACCUGCAUCUCGCACUGCAUUUGCCUGGCCCUCCUGCUGGGCUUCGGUGGCCUUAUGUUCCGCUACACGGAGGGGGCCUCCGAGAACAUCUACAAGUGCGAGGUGCGCAAGGUCAAGCGCGAUUUCAUCGACAACCUGUGGACCGUCAGCCACAACAUGAGAGAGGAUGACUGGAAGUCUAUGGCCCGUCAGAAGCUGCGAAAAUUCGAGGAUGAGCUGAAUACGCUGGCCGAGAUGGGACUGCGUCGGUAUCCGGGCCAGAAGUCCUGGAACUUUGUCAAUUGCUUUAUCUUCUGUUGGACCGUAAUCACGACCAUAGGUUACGGCCACAUAACACCCAAGACAAAGCUGGGACGGUCCCUGACUAUCAUCUAUGCGAUCAUCGGCAUUCCCAUGUUCCUGAUCGUGUUGGCCGAUCUGGGCAAGCUCUUCACGCGCUGCGUCAAGUUCCUGUGGGCCUAUGUGCGCCGGGUGUACUACACUCGCUCCUGCCGCCGCAUCCGGAAACAGCAGCAGAUCCGUGACGCGAUGACCGGCUUCAAUACGGUCUACGACAUGGCCAUGCGGCGGCCUAGCAUGUUCUUCGGCAAGUCGGCGGAGGAAGAGGCCGAGUCACAGGCGGAUGCCGAGGCGGGCAGGUCUUUGGGCACAUCGCACCCGGAGACACCCACAUCGCCGUACCCGGAGACCUAUGAAGUGGACGAUGAGUUCAAUCUGCCCGUUUCGGUGGCCUCCCUGCUGCUCAUCUCCUACAUCCUGCUGGGCACUGCCGGCUACGUGAUGCUGGAGUCCGACUGGGAAUUGCUGGACUCUUUCUACUACGUCUUCAUCUCAAUGUCCACCAUCGGCUUUGGCGACCUGGUGCCCAGCAAUCCCUUCUAUGUGAUGGUCAGCAUGAUAUACCUGAUCUUCGGCUUGGCCCUCACCUCCAUGUUCAUCAACGUGGUGCAGAUCAAGCUCAGCGAUCACUUCAAACGGGCCAGCGCCAAGGUGGGGGCCACCAUCGGCAUGGGCAUGGCCAGCGAGUUCGGUGACGAGGGCGGCAGUCAGCUGAAGACCCCCUCGGAGCUGGCAUCGGUGCACGGCUCGCGACUGGACCGCAUCGAGGAGGAUGGCCAAGAGCAGUCGUUGACCCACCCAGCUAUGAAUGGCUCUGGAGCCAGUCCUCCUCCCCUGACGUCCAUCCUGCGGGCACCGCGCCCACUGUCGCCAAUGGAUACGAAUGGAAACCAGGCUGCGGAUGUGCCUCCGCCUCUGAUGCCCAAGCGUCAGGUGUCUGUGGAUCCCCAGCCGCCAGCGGAGGGGGAAAAGAAGAAGAAGAAGCACAGGUUCUUCUAGAACUAUUUCUAAAAGCUCUGAGAUCGUGAGAGUCGCCGGAACCGUGAUCCCACGUUUUCUAAUACUAGAAAACCUCAUAAAUGACAAGGAAAAUUUGAGUCGAAAUAACACGUAUGCUGUUCUGUGAGAGCAGUUAUACAUCACAUUACAUACACAUUUUAAUGAAUUUGUUAUUUAAUUGUACUUCCCAUCAUUCUAGGAUAAGCUUAAAGUUAAAGAUUAAAGAUUAUAGACAAAUA